AUGGAUGAGGAUACAGCAGGUGAUAGAGUGGAUACCCAUAUUAAGAGAAAUAGAGACAUGGUUCUAUAUUCAGAUGGGAGAGGGGGCCUGCUGCUUAUGUGGGACCUCAACAUGGAGAUAAGGGAAGUCAUAGCCAAUGAUUUCUGUAUUCAAACUGAGCUGAGAGGGACUGGAGAACAGGAGUGGCUUACUGAUCACAACUGGAUACCAGGAAUCCCAGAUGGCAAACCAAAGCUGAGGGUGCAAAUAGAAGGGCAUACUUUCUGUGUAAAGGAUCUGUUAGCUGCAGGAGGGUGUGAAUGGGAUGAAGUCAUU